AAAGACUCUCCUCAGUGAUAUUAUCAUCUGGAACAUAGGUUACAGGUCCGGGUUGUCCUUCUGGCCUCGGAACGACGAAGCACGUAUCUGUUUUGGGAGCAUUGCAUUUAUGGCAAUCCUCGCGUCGCGCAAAGUUUUUCGCUUGACAACCUUCGCAUGUCCAAUCGCCGGGUCGACCUUCAUUUUCACCUCCACCACCGCCGCCAAAACCACCUCCUCCAGUCCCUUCGGGUUUGUUUGCUCCACAAUUUUUACAGUUAGAACGACUGGCGAAAUUUUUGAAGUCGCAGCCACCACAAGCCCAGUCUCCUGGUCUGCCACUGCUAGAUCCAAAAUCUGCGGAACUACCGCCGCCUCCAGAGCUUUUACCUCCAAAACCGCCACCUCCCGAGCUGCCCCCGAAGCCGCCGCCACCACCCGAGCUGCCACCGAAGCCGCCACCACCACCCGAGCUGCCGCCGAAGCCGCCGCCACCACCCGAGCUGCCACCGAAGCCGCCCGAACUGCCCCCGAAGCCGCCGCCACCACCGGAACUGCCACCGUCACCGCCACCGAAGCCACCACCACUCGAGCUGCCGCCGAAGCCGCCACCACCGCCCGAGCUGCCACCGAAGCCACCGCCACCGCCCGAACUGCCCCCGAAGCCGCCGCCACCACCCGAAUUGCCACCGUAACCACCUGAUCUGGCUCCCUGGCUUCCACCUCCAAAUCGGCCACCUCUGUCACCACCAGCAGAUUCCGGUUUCUCAACAUCGCAAUCUCUACAAGUUGUUCUUCUAGCAAAAUUAUUUGAGC